AUGAAGAUUGACCGGAGGAGAUCACCCGUUCUUGAUAAUACCCUUCUCUUGCUUCUGGUUCUCCUUGGGUGUCAAUGGGCCGAUGGAUUUCUUUCACACGCACAUCUCCCAUUAUGCCCGGAACCCUCGCUGCUCCGUCACGCCAUGUUUACCGGCGUUAUCGAUGAGAUUGGUACCGUGGUGGCCUUGGAGGAACGAAACGACAUGGAAAUGGCGGAUGGAUCCAAAGGAAAAGGAACUGAACUGACCGUGCAAGCAGAUUCCAUCAUGAAUGGGGCGUAUCAAGGUUGCAAUAUCUGCGUGAGUGGCGUUUGUCUGACAGCAACGGACUUGGAUAAGGACAAGAACACCUUCAAGGUAGGUUUGGCACCAGAAACCACGAGACGAACCUACUUGGCAUCCCUGAAUCCCGGUGAUAGGGUCAAUCUGGAACGAGCCAGUGAAAUUGGAGGACGCAAUUCCGGACACUUUGUACAAGGACACGUCGACGGAUUUGCCAAGAUUACCGACAAAUGGCAGGAGAGUGACAGUCUCUUUUUUCAGGUGAAAGUCCCCCCGGGAGAUAUCAUGAACUACAUUAUUCCAAAGGGAUUUGUCGCCAUUGAUGGUACUAGUUUGACCAUAAGUGAAGUCGACAAGGAAGAAAGUUGGUUUACAUUCAUGCUGGUAGAUUUUACGCAAAAGAAAAUCGUUCUGCCCGACAAAGAUAUUGGUGACCCCGUCAACAUUGAAGUGGACGUACUCGGCAAGUAUUCCGAUAAUGCCAUGAAGGCUAUCUUGCCUCGCAUCGAAGAAUUGGAAUUCCAGUACGAGUCACUCCAGUCCAAAGCUCGGGAACUAGAAGCCAUGAACCAGGGUCUUGUGCACAAGCUCCAGUCGUUGGAGAGCGCGAGACUCCUGGAGUAUGGAAGCGCAACGAGGGCAACGUCACCCGCACCCCAACAACAUGAGACGGGCCGAGCCAGAACAGCAACGACCCCCGCCGAAACAACAACGACCCCCGCCCGUGAAAUCGCCGAGACGGCCGCAGCCGCACCAAAAACACCACCACAAGACAACAAUGUACGACGCGUCAAGGGACCAGAGGCAGCAAGGAUCAAUAACGAAUGGCGUCAACAACAGGAACAAAUGCGGGACCAGUACAAAGUCCGAAGGAUCCAGGAUGAGAAUAUACCAUUUGCGGGUGUGCAUGAACGCAAAGCGCAGGAAGGAGGACGCAAACGAGUGGUGGGUGGCCCGGAUGCAAGAAGAAUCCAAGAUGAAUGGCUGCGAUCACAAGGCAAGACGGUUUUCGAGAAGGAAAUGGUAAAGGAAAGCAAUAUUCAGGAUGCACAAGUUAUUGACGUGGGAGAUCGAGAUCCCUUUAUGGGAUUGUCUCCGGAUCAAGAUAAACAAAACACGGAAUCGUUGCUGGAGGAAUUAGAAGGCAACUUUGCACCCGAGGAUGGAGCAGGGCCAAUACAUGACACCCCAGUGAUCCGUAAUGGUGUUAGGCAUCCCGCAGCCCAGAAAGGUCCUGUACUGGGGUUGAAAGAUGCCCAAGUUGUCGAUGAUGAACGGUGGAACCAGAGGCCCCGUCAGUUUGGCCAUUUGCCAGAUGCCAAACAGGUUGAUAAGCGUCAAUCGCAGCAACCACAACAGCAACAGCAAUGGAACCAUCAGGGUCGGCGAAUGAUGGAUCAGAGGCCACCGCCUGGUAUGCAGGAGCACAUGCAGCCUCCUGGCCCAAGUCAGGAGCAGGAUCGGCGAAUGUUCGGUAGGCCACCUCCCGAAAACUUUGUCCGCAAUGGAAAUAGUGGACAACAGCCGCAACCGCACCCGCCCAAUGGACCACAGCAACCACCACCACAACAACACCCGCAACCGCCAAAUGUGCAUCCGUAUUUUCGACCAAUGGGAGAGUUCUCCGAUCCCUGGUACGAUCAAUCGGGGCCCGGGCGUAACCCAGAUGUGGGAGGCGCUGGCCCAUAUGGUCCUGACGAUCACCAGCAACAGACAAGGCACACCGGAACCAGAGACGUAUUGAUAGGCAUGAAACCAGAUACUGGCCUCCAUGUGAAUGAUUCUGAUGACAAAAACUACCCGAAGACAAGAGAAUUGUAUCACGACCAGUGGCCUCAAACAUUUGGUAUGUCAGGAGAUGGCAAGCACUGGUGA